UUGGGUUUUCGUUUUGCUUCACUCUGUUUUUCCUUUUGCUUUAAGAAGAUGAACCCAGAAACCACAACCCUGGUAUCCUUGACCAAGGCAAUGAAAAGAGUAGACCAUAAACUCCAGGCUUUAGAAGCACAGUUCAAAGAACUGGACAUCACCAAGGAUAAUCUAACCGAGAAAUUUGAAAACCACAGCAAGACUCUGGCAAGCCAAGCUGCUCAAGACGAGCUGUGGACGGCGGUUUUGGCACUCAAGUUCACUUCAAUGGAACUGAAUCUUUUGUACAGCUAUGUCAUCGAAGUACUGAUCUGCUUGCACACCCGUGUGCUCGAGAAGCUGCCAGACCUGGAGAGAAGUCUUCCCACCUUCACCUCUGUCCUUCGCCGAAAAGUCAAGAACCAGCGCAUCAGGGCCGCGUGGGAAUCGGUCCUGGAGGAGAGCGGGCUGCAGGAGGGAGACGCAGCAGUGCUCUGCGCCUUCUUCCUGGCGCACGGCAGCCACGCGGACCACUACGCGGCCACCGCGAGGCGCACGUACGUCGGGGACGUCGCGUUCGUGAUCACUAGCGCGGUGGAGCACAGGGCCUUGCGUGAUGGUUUGCUGCGGGCUGUACAGGUCGUUGACAAGGGGAAAGCAGCCAGGACGCCUGAAGAGCAAACGUCUUCCCUAAAACACUUGCUACCAUCAGUCAAAAACCAAUCUGUCUAGUCCCAGCACUCAGGAGGUUGAGGCAGGAGAAUCAUCGUGAGUUCAAAGCCAGCCUUGAUUAUACAGCAAGCUCUCAUCUCACAAAACAAAGGGCCUGCGAUGUAGCUCAGUGGCGCUGCCACCUGCCUCGCAGGCGCAAGGUCCCAAAUUCAAUCCCUGGUUGACAGAGUGGGGUGGGGGGGAGAAAACGCAAAAUAAGACAAAAAACCCUGUAAUCCCAUGACCCACUGAUUCAACGUCUAGUAAUUUAUCCUUGAAACUGAAAAAAAGGACACAAUUUAUUUACUGUAGGCUUAUUUUUAUAGGAAAAAGCAAGGGUUUUUUGUUUUUGUUUUUGUUUUUUUGUUUUUU